AUGGCACAAAAGAGAGAGUAUUCCGAGGUUGGCUCACCAGAGCCUCGAGACUCAGGAUCAUUCAAUGGCGCCAAGAAGCGCAAGCAAAGCAAGUCGAAGCAUCGACCCAACGAAGGGACUUCAACAUGGGCUAAGAAGCGAACGCGCACCAUCGAGCGACUCCUCAACCGAAACCAAGAACUACCUGCCAAUGUCCGCAACGAUCUCGAACGAGAGCUGGGCGCGCUCAAGUCUACAGUCUCGGACAAGAGCUUCCAAAGGCUACGAAGUGCCAUGAUCUCGAAAUACCACAUGGUUCGCUUUUUUGAAACAGACGAGCUUGAAGGCUUGAAGCGUGACUUGCAUAUUGCGGAAGUCGACGAGGCAUACACUCAGCACUUCCCUCACGCCGAACCCUACAUCAGCCUCUACACCAGUGCCAAAUCGGAGAAGGAGGACGAGGAUAAAGACGACGAAGACAAGCUUGACUACACACCUCUCAAGCACAGGGGUCUGCUGCAUACAGAGAGGCCGCCGAUGUGGUCGGAAAUCGAGCAAGCAAUGAAGGGUGGCCAUCACGCGCUGCGAACCAUAAGAGAAAAGCGACCCGAAAUCACAGAAGGAGCCAAACCAGAGCGCAACCAGAACAAGUCCAAGGCGGCAACGGGUAAAGACAAGACUGUGCCGGCUUCUAAGGCGCAGCCCAACCCUGAAACCAACCCUACACCUUACACCAAGGGCAAGGGCAAGUCAGGGGCUGCUCCCAAGAAUCGCAGGGAGCGCCGACUUGCAGAACGCCAGGGCGCUCAGCCUGUUGUCAAGAAUGACGAUGACGAUAGUGAUGAUGGUGGUUUCUUUGAAUAG